GGCUGCCGAACAGGCCGGUAUAAGGAAAGGAGACGGGAUUUUAGAGGUUAAUGGAGUGAAUGUAGAAGGAGCCACACACAAGCAAGUAGUAGAUCUCAUAAAAUCAGGGGGAGACGUCUUAAAGCUCACUGUCAUUUCCGUUACUCAACAGGAGGCUGAACGCCUAGAACCUUCGGAAGACAGUCAGGUGUAUUAUGAUUAUAGUGAAAAGCGUUCACUACCCAUAAGCAUUCCAGACUAUCACUACAAUGAACGAGGCGGUGAACGAUAUGUUUCUUUUAAUAUUUACAUGGCGGGGAGACACUUGUGCUCCAGAAGGUACAGGGAGUUCGCCAAGCUGCACAACGAUCUCAAAAAGGAGUUUAUUGGCUACAACUUUCCUAAACUACCGGGAAAAUGGCCAUUCACGCUCAGCGAGCAACAAUUGGACACCAGAAGGCGUGGUUUAGAGCAGUACCUUGAAAGAGUCUGCGCAGUGCGUGUUAUAGCGGAAUCGGACAUAAUGCAGGAAUUUCUAACUGAUCAGGAUGACGAAAACAACAGCAGUCCGGUAGAUCUGAAGGUUUUGCUUCCUGAUCGAGAAGUCGUCACAGUAACAUUAAAAAGGAGCGCCAACGCGGACGAAGUGUAUGAAGCCAUCAUCAAGAAGAUCGGUAUGAGCAGGAAGAUCUCCAAGUAUUUUUACCUCUUCGAAAUCGUGGAAUACAAUUUCGAAAGGAAACUCCAACCGUCGGAAUACCCACAUAACCUCUACAUCCAGAACUACAGCACGGCCACCAGCACAUGUCUGUCCAUAAGGAAAUGGCUGUUCUCCAUUCAGAAAGAGCUCAGCCUGAUGUCGGACUCCCAGGCCACGUCAUACGUUUUCUGGCAGGCUGUGGAUGACGUCAACAGAGGGUACAUCAACGCCGGCGAGAGGCUGUACCAAUUGAAAGCGCUACAGGACAACACUAGGGCUGUGGAGUACUUGAAACUAGCUAGGGAGUUGCCUGGGUAUGGGGAGGUGAUGUUUCCUCAUUGCGCAUGCGAUUCUAGGAAGGAGGGGCACGUUGUGUUGUCUAUAGGUACCAGCGGUAUAAAAUUGCACGCGUGUCAAGAAGACGGUACGCUAGAAAGUCAGGUGGUAGUACUGGAAUGGGACACGAUAAGACAGUGGGAAGUAGAUGAAGAGGGUAUGGCGUUCUGUUUGAAAUAUAACAGACAGGACAAGACACCUCGAUGGCUCAAGAUCUUCACACCUUAUUACUUUUAUUUGGUGGACUGUUUCGAACGGAUCAUAGAAGAGGGGAAAUGGUUGGACGCGGGCGACUGACUGAGCACUAUGAGCACUAGCUGAACACUUAAAUAAUAAUAAUAAUAAGCGUUAAGUCCUCCUACUAUUUCAUCCACCAAUAGAACAUAGAUAUUUUUUCCCUUGUAUUGUUCUGCUGGCGGAAUCUGAUUGGUUUAAAAGACAGUUUUUUUUUCAAAAUGGAGGAGUAUAUGAGAGACUAUAAAUAUAUAUCAAAAAAAGUUUAGUCAAUUUUGAACACUUUCGUAGGAAAUAUAAGAGUUUUAGGGGUUAUGUCAUGUAUCAAGAGAUUUUUAAAUUAAUGUUUGUUAUUUUUACAUUAGAGAAGUCUUUCUUUCCUGAAAAAACAUAAAUAUACAGGGGUUUCGAAAAAACUCCUUGACAAAUUUUAAAACUUUAUUGUCAACUUUUAGAGCCAUGACCAAGACAAAACAUGACAAGUAUUUAUUUCUCUAAAAAAACAUAAUUUAUAUAAAACAAAUAUUAACUUUAAAUCGCUUUAUACGUGUACUUAACAUAUUUUUUUUAAUUAUAUGGAAUAUUUUUUUAAUGUUUUUUUUUGUUCAUUGUGUACAGGGUGUAUCAUCUCUAACACACUGUACAUCUUUCAUUUCAAAGAUAUACUAGGCGUUUAAUAGAUGUAUUAAUGAAAUAAAAUCUCUUUCUAGUAAAGUAGUAUAAGUAUAGGCCACACUUCAGAUCGCUCAUAAUAUAAAUCUAUACAAAACUAAAAUGUAUAUAGUAUAUCAAAUGUCCGGGAUCGCAGGGAUGGGUGGAUAUGAAACAGUAAUGUAAAAACACUGUUUUUUUACGUGUAAAAAAUGGUAGGUUGCGUGUAAAAAAUACUUUUUUACGUUAUAGUUUUUUUGUGACAGUUGUAGAAAAAUACUUUGGUUUAUUAUUACACAGGGUGUUCCUUUAACGACAUGCUAAUAUAUAGUGUUCACGAUUUUUUACUCUAUUUUACUCCAAAAUAUUAAAAAGGUACGCCAUCCAUCCCUGGUUAAGAUUCACUUUAUUGUGCGUCUCGAAAAAUACAUUUUGCUGUCCAUCAAAUUAAGAUUAGUUGAUUUUCGUUGUUGCAAUGACCGUUUACUUAUAAUGAAUAUUUUGUUGAACAAUCUGUAUAUAUCGUGAUAAUAUGUAUGUAUAUGUAAAAUAUUUAUUUUUCAUUUUUAUUUUAAUAUUAAAGCACAGUGAUUGACGCUGUAGUUGUGAUAGUGGUCGAAUUAUUUAAGAGAUAAUUUUAGUGUGAUAAAUCUUUGUUAUUUAAAUUAAAAAUAAAAUUGUUUAAGCAACUGGGAGCCUAGGAUAAAAAAAUAAUUAUAACAUAGGAUAAUUUAUUGUUAUAGAAUGGUAUAAUAAGCAGUUAUAUGUUGCUUAAACAAUGUAAAAUCCUAUUAAACAAUGCACAUACUUUAUUUUAUCAUCAUUAAUUGUUCAAAUUUUUUAAAGUAUUUUACAUGUUUCCUGUUGUUUUUUACAUUUUCAUUGCUCUUUUUGUCAUAACUCUCUGAUCUAUGAGACUAUAUAUAUAAGAAUAAUUAAAAAAUAUCAAACAUCAACUCAAUUGAAUGUGUAACUAAACUAUUGAAUUUCAUUGUUACAUGUUUCUUAUAUAUUUUAUAUUUUUCUGUUAACUUUCUAUUGAAUAAAUAAGCAAAUGCAACUUAUUUACGUAAGUAAUAUGCUGAAAAAUAUGA